CCAAAAGCAAGUUACAAUGGCGGCUGGGAAGGCGCCUGUGUCGCGCAAGGCUAAGCGCAAGCAAGAGCGCGAAGACAAGAAACGGCAGAAAAAUAAGCGGCAGCGCAAGGAGGCCGACGCGCCGUCUACAGCUUAUAGAAAUGCCGGCAAGUCCCGUGGCAAGAAACCCGCCACAGCGCAUCGCCCCAGCGGCAUCACCAACAAGUUCCACGAGUUUCUAGCGGAGGCGGCGAAUGCGAAAGCAGACCAACCAAGCACCGAGGACAAGGAGAUCAAGGCGCUGGAGGCCAAACUGGGACUCGGAUCAUCGUCGUCCAAUAAAUCUGAGUCGGCACUGAAGAAAUUGAAGAAGGAGUACUCGAAAGACGGACUGGGCGAAGACUUUGCCGACUUUUUGUCGGGGCUGGAUCACAUUUCACAAGUGGUGAAGGGCCAGCCGAAGGCGGUUAAGUGCUCGACUGCGCAGGAUGCGGACGUUGAGAGCGCUGGAGAGGAGAGUGAAGGGGAGGAGAGUGAGGCGGGUAGUGAGUUUGGAGACGACAUGGAGAUGGACGAAGAGACUCGACGCGAGAUGGAGCUACUACAGGCGGAAGACGCCGAGUUCUUGAAGGGAAUGGACGAACUGCCGACUGAUGAGUCCGAGUCGGAGUCGGAGGAUCUCGCGCAGUUUUACUCGGAAGAAGAGGAAAGUGAAGACGACGAAGCGCGAGAAAACGCUAUGCGGAACCAGCAGUUGGCUGCAGAUGCAGAGGAGGCCAGCGGUGACAGUGCAGGCGAGGAAGAAAGGGAACAGGUCGGGGCAGAUAACGAUGACGCGAAUGAGCUGGAGGAGGAAGAGAGCGAUGACAGGGAUGCUGAGAGCGACGAGGAGGAAGAACAGGAGAAGGAAGACAUGCAGCAGAGCGUCGUUGUAGAGGAAGACAUCUACGGCCGACCUGUUAUCAAGGCGAAUGACGGCACCAAGAAGCCGUCCGCAUACCUCCCUCCUCAUCUUCGCCGGAAACUCCAAGCCGAGGCCGAAGCUGCUGCAGCUGCGGCAGCCACAGAUAAGGUCAAGCCUUCGCAGAUGGACGAGCAGGCGAUGCGGGAGCUGACACGACGCAUUAACGGCCAACUUAAUCGUAUCUCCGAGUCCAACAUGGAGUCCAUUGCGCUGGAGAUGGAGAAAAUCUACAGAGGAAAUGGCCGCGCACUUGUGAACGAAAUCUUGUUGGAGAAGCUCCUUCAAACCACCUGCCACCCUCGACAAGUGAUGGCUCCGCUUAUCAAAGUUGUCGGUGCGCUGGUGGCAGCUCUGUAUCACAGUAUUGGCAGCGAAGUCGGAGGGUUCUUCGUCGAGAAGUUGGUGCGCAAGCUCAUGGAUAGUGUGGAGGAGGAGAAGAAGCAGCUCAGCGAGUCGACAGACACAUCGCACGAUGACGACGACGACGCUGGCCGAACGUCCAAAGUGCCAGUGAACUUGAUGCUGUUCGUGAUGAUGCUGUACAACUUCGGCGUCGUGCACUGUACGCUCGUGUACGAUCUCUUCCGCUCGUUCGUGGACAGUUUCUCGUCCACUGACAUUGAGCUCAUCCACCAGCUCCUAAAGAUUGGAGGCGCUCAGCUCCGUUCGGAUGAUGCCGAUGCCUUGCGUCAGAUGGUUGCAGCAGUACAACAGAAAGUGGGGGAGGCCCAGCAUGCAAACGGCAGACAGCAACCCGAAGAGCGCGUUCGCUUCAUUCUGGACCUCAUUUACGACUUGAAGAAGUCGUCCAAGCACGGCAAAGGAGGAAAGAGUGGCGCAGGUGGAGGUGCCUUAGACGUAUCGUCGUUGAAGAAGUGGCUGGGUCGGGUGAAGACGCGAUGUGGGAACGCCAACAAUCCGCUGCGUGUGUCGCUGCAUGAGCUGCUCAACGCCGACGAAGACGGUCGUUGGUGGAUCGUCGGAGGCACGUGGGUCGGCUACCAGCAACAGAAAUCGAGUACUGACACAGCAAACGACGAGGCCGCAACUGAAUCUGCACGGGAGAACGACAGACUCUUGAAACUCGCAGAGAAACAACACAUGAACACAGACGUCCGCAAGAAAAUCUUUGUGGCUCUCAUGGGAGCCACCGACUGCUUUGACGCCUAUGAGCGAUUACUACAGCUGCACUUAAAGGAGAAACAGGAGCGUGAGAUUGUGCGCGUGUUGCUGCACUGCUGCGGCCAAGAGAACAAGUUCAACAAAUACUACUUGGUGCUGGCCGAGAAGCUGUGCGAGAUGGAUCCGCGAUACAAAUUCACGUUCCAGCUCGCGUUCUGGGAUAUUUUCAAGCAGAUGGAGUCGCUCAAGCCUCGAAGACUGUACAACCAGGCGCAGAUGUUGGCCGGGCUUGUGCUUAGCAGCAGCUUGUCGCUGUCCUGUCUGAAGGUUAUUGACUUUACGCAGCUGGAGGAGAAGAGUAUUUUGUUCCUGCGUGUGUUGACGGAGGAAAUCCUCAAGGUGGAGAGCGAGCUGGAGAUGGCGCAGGUGUUCCAGCGCUUGCUGCAGACAAAGAAGGCGCAGCUGACAAUUGACGGCCUUGCGGUCUUCUUCCACCAACACUUGACGAGCUUCCGUAGCGAGCCGGACCCGAAGAUAAGAUCGUUGCUGAAUAAGCGAGUCAAGAGUGUAAAGAGCCUGCUGGACCAGCUCGCCAAGUCUGCUGCAUCCGCCGAAAAGGAAGCUAGCUUUAUGUAG